AUGCAUAGCGAGGCAGGACUAGAGGUUAUAGACGGCGGAAAGCCGUUCUACUACUGUCCCAAAGGGCACAUGGUUCUGGGCGAAGCCCCAAUCUAUCGUGCCAGCGACUCAACGCUGCACUGGGUAGACUGUCUCGCUGAGCCGGCCGAGUUGUACAUUCUCAAAGUCGAUCCGCAGACGGGCGAUGCUGUCGGAGAGGCACGUGUGUUACACUUGGAAGACAGUGUGACGGUGCAGUUCUUCCGCAAGGGCAAGCCGGGAAGCUACAUUGCUGCGUAUUACCAGGGCGUAUGCUUCAUCGACGAGGAGACCGGGAAGCUGGAGGUUGUCAAGGAGAUCAUCCCGACGGAUCAGCGUGAGAACUUGCGCUUCAAUGAUGGCGGUGUCGAUGCCAAGGGCCGUUUUUGGCUAGCUGAAAUAGACAAGAAGGCUAUGUCUUAUGGACCAAAUCAGCUUCCGGCGAGUUAUGGAGUUCCCAAAGGCAGGCUGUGGAGGUAUGAUCCUGACGGGAGUUUGCAUUUGAUGAUUGAAGAGGGUGUGGUGUGUGGCAAUGGUUUGGGAUGGAGUCCGGAUAACAAAACAUUCUAUUUCCAUGACUCGGUAGCCAUGGUUGUAUACGCAUACGACUUUGAUGUCGAGAGUGGCAAUAUCUCAAACAAGCGACUUUUAGUCGACAGACGAAAUUCAUUCGGCGAGCCGGAUGGGAUGGUCGUUGAUACAAAUGGUAACUUAUGGAUCGCCAUGUUUGAUUCGAAUCGGGUCAUGGUGUUCAGCCCAGAGGGUCGACAUUUGAAAGACAUUACUUUCACAGCUCGCAACCCAGCUUGUACGACUUGGGGAGGAAAGGAUCAUGAUAUUAUUUUCAUGGCGAGCGGAAAGUGGCGAGGGCAGAGAGAAAUUCCAGGUGAUGACGGGGGGCAUAUGUUUAGGUUUAAGCCUGCAGAUGCUCGCGGUCAGCCCAAAUAUGAAUUCGGGGGAUAG